AGUCAAAACCCAAACGGUAUGCUGUGAAGGCGCUCCCGCGAAUCAGUCUCUACUGGUACGUCGUGCGGAAAACAUGCUGAAGAAGCAUAACUAGAGAAAGAUUUCCGCGGGCGAAAAACCAUCUCUUUGUAUAUUUGAAAAGCCAAGAAAGAAAAAAAAUUGUGAGGAGCAGCCAAAACACUCAAAAGAUUUGUUUAAUCUCCCACGAGGUGUAUGUGGUUGUGAAAGAAAACGAGCACAAGAAACAUAAACUCAUCUCUUCUCAUAAAUUAAAUAAAUAUCACAUAAAUUUCUCAUGGUGCUUCGGGAUUCCUUUAGCCGGUGAUUGAGACACAUGAGAGAUAGCAACGGUGAUGGUGCUGGUGUCUUUUGGGUGUUGAGAAAUGAAAAGUGGCGUCAGCACGGUGUGGGUGCUUUCGAAGAAAUGAUAUUGGGUGUAAUUUAAAACGCUAUAUAUUUAUGCAUAUAUACAUCACAUAUAUAUGCCAUACAUUUGCGCUGAAGUGUAAAGACUAAUUGGACGGAGAAUGUAAUACGAUAAUCCAUAUCAUUAAUUAACUAACAUAUGUGUCUCUCACUCGUUUCCUCCCAUGCCAAUUUCAAACAUUGUUUAACUCAGCAGUGUUUAUGGAUUUGUGAGGUGUGAGCGAGAAUUUACUUCAUCAAGAAACAUCAUCAUCAUCAUUGUUAGGUGCUGCACACAAACCCCUUGACAGUGCGGGGAAACUGCGGGAAUUACAUACCUACAUAAUAUAAAGUUUGUGGGGGAGAGGCCCCCAAGACUGUAGUAUAACUGCUGCUGGGUCUCUGUGGAGAUUUUGUGUGAUGAAGAAGUGUGUGACGAUGGAGGAAUUAUUGAGUAGAUUGAAUGAGUUUCACCUGAUCCUGGGAAUCAAUUAAAUUUCUCCACAUCGCACAUCUCUUUCAAAAUCACCCAAAAAGGGGAGAGAAGCCCACACAGUGUUUGUGUGUGUUGUGUGGAGAGGAUCUCACAUGGCAAAAUGGGAUUGAUUGCGGUGUAAGUGUGAGGACCCAAAAGUAAAAAAAAAAGUUACGUUGGUACUGUGAAAGGUACGGAAGAAGAUGAAUGAGCUUUUCUCAUCAUGGUGGCCAUGGUCUCGUCCAGAUGAUAGUCCGAAGCAUCAGAAUGAAAGUCCACCGUCAUCAAAUGAUGACACGGAUCACGCGCCAAUCUGGCGUCUUGGACUCUACAAUGGGCUCACAGGAUUCCUAAGUAAUAUCACCACUUCCAUUAGUGGCGUUGCUGAGCACAGUCCUGCCACAAAAGCUCCCACAUUAUAUCUCACAUCGCAACACGCUACCAGAGGCUCCACUGCCGCACUUGACGCACCAACACCUGAUCCGCUCACAUCGAACCUCACCGUCCAAACAAUUGAAUGGACAUACGUGAAUUGUACGCGCUACCUGCACUGUGACACCGUGAGUGGGGUCGUGAAUGGGAGUAUUGAAGUGAAUACUGUGAGUGGUACAAGUGGUGUAAGUUGGUACAAUAGGACAGAUUUCUUUGCAUCAAACUUCAGCAGUGAGGCCUUGAUCACCAUGAUUGUGACAGCAAUAAUACUCGGGAUCGUCAUCCUAGCCACUGUGAUCGGAAAUGUCUUCGUGAUUGCGGCCAUUUUGCUGGAGCGCAACCUGCAGAGCGUGGCGAAUUAUCUGAUCCUGUCGCUAGCUGUUGCGGAUCUACUAGUGGCGUGCCUCGUGAUGCCACUGAGUGCUGUGUACGAGGUAUCUCAGGAAUGGCGCCUGGGAGCCGAACUCUGUGAUAUGUGGACAUCGAGUGAUGUUUUAUGCUGCACUGCGUCCAUUCUGCACCUGGUGGCUAUAGCUUUGGACAGAUAUUGGGCUGUGACUGACAUAGAUUAUGCCCAUCAGCGUACGGCACGACGUAUUGGGGUGAUGAUUCUGGUGGUGUGGACACUCUCCUUCCUCGUGUCUGUUGCCCCACUACUGGGAUGGAAGGAUCCCGAAUGGGGUAAUCGGCUGAAUAAUGAGUACAAGUGCGUGGUGUCGCAGGAUGUUGGUUAUCAGCUCUUUGCAACUGCAUCCAGCUUCUAUCUACCACUCCUUGUCAUCCUGGUGCUGUACUGGCGCAUCUUCCAGACGGCACGCAAACGAAUCCGACGGCGACAACAGGUGAGCGGUGCUCAAGCGCAACCGUGCGGCAUGAUUGCAACGGCAGCGGGUGGGAGUGCUGGUGUGGCGGCCGCCGUUGUCACUGUGAUCGGGCGUCCACUGCCGACAAUCAGUGAGACCACGACGGCCUUCACGAAUGUCUCCUCGACCAAUACAAGCCCGGAAAAGACGUGCAACAAUGGUGUGGAGAAGGAGAAGAGUCAUGCAGUUGCCGCCGUGGAGCCGGAAUCCACGACGGUGGACCUAUCAGUGGCAUACCCAUCAACAUCAGCACCCACCGUACGGACAACAAUCACCCGACGGAAGCAUCAUAACUCAACAGACUCGAAGCGGGAACGAAAGGCUGCGAAAACACUGGCCAUCAUUACAGGCGCUUUUGUCUGUUGUUGGCUACCGUUUUUCAUCCUUGCCGUCCUCAUUCCUGUCUGUGCCUCCUGCGACAUCUCCCCCAUCGUCAUGAGCAUCUUCCUCUGGCUUGGCUACUUCAACUCCACCCUCAAUCCCAUCAUCUACACAAUCUUCUCACCCGAAUUCCGUCAGGCCUUCAAGAGACUCCUGUGCAGGCGCAAGAGUCACAGGCUACGGAGCCGCCACAUGGGACUCAGACGGAGGUGCCUAGGCCAUAGCUCAGCAAAUAUAGGACAUAGAACAUCAAAAAACAUAGGAAAUUCAGAUGAAUCUAAAUGGAGAUCGUGUAGCGUUCAUUUGGUUUCGUUUUAAGGUUUUUCGCAUUAUGUAUUCCAAUAAUUUAAGGAGUUUAUUCAAUGGUCUUGGUAUCAUAAACUUCUUCUAAGAAAAAUGUGGGACAUAUGAUCUUGAACAGAGUUUAAAAAAAGUUCAGAGAUCAUCAGACUUUUUAUUAGGAUCAGCUUGGAGAAUUCUGCAAAGAUUCAUCCAAAAAUGCAAACAAUUACGUCAUAAUUGUGUUUUUUGUACUUUGCACGUGUUUUAUCCGCUUGAAAUAAGUCUGCUAAUGUUUCAUCGAUAAUUUUUAAAAAGUUAUUCUUGAAACAUGCAUUUUCGUCGUCUACAAAAUUAUUUUUGUCUUUAAUUACUCAGAUUUCUCUCUACUUCUUGAAAAUAUUAAAUUAACAUAAUAUUUCUUCUCUUCUAAAAAAAAAUAUAGGAAGCAUACGGGAAAAGCUGAAUUUUCCAUUAAAAUCUCCCAAAAUGUUUAUUUGGAAUUUUGUAAUGACUUAAACUAAAUUGUUUAUAUAAUACUCGACAGAUUCAAUUAAAAGUCUUACUGAAGCACAACAAAAGUCUCCCCCACCUGAGCAUCACACGUGCUCUGCAAAUUAUCCCCUAAAUCUUCAAGUUUCACCCCAAUGCUCUCCACCCCAAAUAAGAUUACUUCGUCAAUCUACAAAUCACUGUGUCCCCUCAUAUGGACUUUUGGGUGAGAUUUAAUUUAUCUACAAUUGCUCCUUAAUGAUUUUCGGAUCUUCUUUUGGUGUGAGAGCAGGAGGUGUUGAGGACCCCUACAUUAAUAGAAUUAAACGGUGUAUACGGUGGGUGGGAAAAGUCUUUGAGGAAAGCCACCCGCACACCCAAUUCUCUCUCUCUCAAGAAACUAUCCACUCAAAUAGAUUACAAGUCGACGAAAUUGAUGGGGAACACCAGAGGGUUGAAUUUUCGCUUUGCUACUGAAUUAUUUAGCGAUAUUAAUUGAGUUUUGGGAUUAGGGUGAAUUAUUCAAAGGAAAAAGCUUCUACUUUUGCUUGUGUCGCGCCUUCAACAUUUGCGUGACCCCCCUUUGGACGACUAUAUGCAUCCAGCGACGAGGGCUCGUGCAAAACUUUUCAUUCUUCAGCUUUGAUUGCUCAAAUUAAAUUAAUUUUAAUCAAAUCCACUUCAAUAUUCUCCACAUUGUCUAAGCAUAAAAUUGUGAAUUGCAAAUUCUUCAUUUUUGGUGUGAGAAGUAGGUAACAACUGACAAAGUUUCCCACAUCAAGUAUACAUAUAAGGUAAUCGAAAAGUUCAAAGAAAUCAUAUUUAUAGAAUUAAAUUUGAUUCGUAACAUACUGUAUGAAAGAAUUCAUAUCCUAAGCUACCUAUAUCUCAUCCAAGAGAGCCCGCGGUGGAGCCAAAGGAUACUAGGAAAAGCAAAAAGAAAACUCAUUGAACGGUUGAAUUGGUGGAAAAUUGGAGAAUCACAAGCAUAUCACGUUCUGUUAGUUUUUAAUCAAUAAAUUCAAAUUGUCCCACUUUUUAUGCCACAAAAUCGCCCUUCUACGCCAUUCUUUGACAUUUUUGAAACUUUUAUUUGCACAAUGAAUGGAUAUAGAGACGAGAAUCGCUCUCGGCAAAAAGCUCAACCACUUUACUCACACCCCCAAGUCCAUUGAUCACCAAUUUAAACGAGCCCCACGAGUAUCCUGCAAUGACUCCACUAUGUGUGAGGAAAUUCAUCGACAAAAGAGUUAAAUUGCGGUGAAGAGAAAUAUUACAAAAGAUCGAUUGAAGUUGAAUAGAUGGGGUAUGAGCUUUCACAUAUUAUAAAGCUACAAUUUGAAUUGAAAAUAAGCCCAUCAAGGGGGAAAAUGAAGAGAAAGUAAAUCACAAUAAACGCGAAAUUUUGAUAGAAAAAUUUUAAAAAAUCGAUUGUCGAUUCUGUUAAAAAUCAUGUCUUUUCUUACAACUUGAGAAAAAUUCUAAGAUGUGCUUUUUAUUAGGUUUUCUUUGAAUUCAAGAAAAAUAAUUUUAAAAAAAUAUUGGUCUAGAAAUCAUCCAAAAAAGUCUUUAAAGAUUUCUGGAAAAAUGUUCUUUUUUUAAAAGACUAUUUAAAGACUAUGAAAUAAGCUAUUAAAAUCUUAGAAUUUCCUUCUGUACAGAGGAAUCUGUUAUAAGACUCAUUAAAAUGCUUUGAUUUCUGCAAUUUUAAUGAAAACAUGCCCUUGAAAACAAUUCAGCCGAAAGCUCCAAAAAAAUAAUAUUCUAAAAGAAAUCAUUAAUUUAGAAAUUUCUUUUCAUUAAUUUGUUAAUAAUCAAAAGAAACUUUUUCCAUGAAGAAAAGUUCUUUAAAGUUUACAACCAUUAUCUACAAAGAAUGUCCUCAAAGGACUUUUUCUUGGGCGUCAUAUAACUCAAAAGUUACAAUGCCAAAGAGUAUAUCACAGGAUACUGCACAAACUACUGGUGCACAGUAACUUAAUUCUCAUUCAUUUUAAAGAGCCAAAAAAAAAACUCUUCGAGGAACUUUGUUAAAAUGAAGCUCCUUUUGUGUUGCCCCAUUAAAGUUUUAAAGAGACUUCCAAACGCGAAAAAAAAUGAAACUUCGUAUUUUCUUCCCUAAGGCGAGUGCAUCCCAUUGGAAAAUUAGCUUUUCUCACAAGAGGAGAUUUCUUUUCCUCUCUCUCUCACUCUCUGGAAAAUCUUUUCCUCUUUGCAAUUUCCCUCCAAAACAUGGGAGAUUUUUUUUAUUUGUACUUUAUUUUUGUAUGUGUGCCCCCAUAUGGUGACCUCUGUGAAAGUACACCCCCAAUCAAUCUUUCUGCGGCAUGGAAAGUUGGAAAAGAAAAAUUGCCUUAUAUUUUGGCAGCAAUUUUUCACUCUCCAUACCAAUGUUGAUUGGAGGCAGAGGAUGGGGAGAGCAAAGAAUAAAAGAGAGAACCACAUAGAGGAACAAAAAAUCUAAAUGAAGCAAUUUAGUAGAUUUAAUUUUCCUCUUCCUUUUUUUUAUACACGUAUAGGGGAGACUGGGGCUAAUAAAGUCGACCAAGGGUUUGGGGAAAGUUCAAAAUAUCUUAUUUCUCAACGCGAUAGAGCCAAUUGGCAUGAGAAAAGGUGGUAGAGUGGAAAAUUUCCAAUAGGGCUGACCCAUAGCACUUUGCUUCAACUCAUUGGGAAAUGUAAUAUUUUGAGCUUCUCCCCAUAACCUUUUGUUUGACUGUAUUAGCUCCCGUCUCCCCUAAGGGAACAUACACACAGAAAAAACAAAUAGAGUUACUUUCAUGUAAAUCAAUAUAAAAUAAAUUGAAGCAAAAAAAUCCACAAACUCAUUCCCGGAAGAAGUGAAUGAAAAUGAGAGAAUGGAAAUUAAUUGUUUAAGCCAAGAGAGCAAGGAAAUUAAUUUAGUGAUAUAUUGUAAGGUAUAAAUAGAUAGUAUAACUAAUAGAUUGUGUUAAGAAGUAAGUUUAUAUUGUAUACAAUAAAUACAAUUAAGUUGUGAGACUUUUCGUGCAUUUAUGUGCACACAAAUUUAAUUUUUCCUCCCAUCUCCUUCUCAACCAUUAAAUAAAUAAGAAAACAAUGUAAAUAAAAUUGUAAAAAAAUAUUAAAAUAAUUUUAUGAUGUUGUGUGGAUGAUUUUUAGUGAAUGUUAAGAGAGAAAAUAUCUUAUAUUUUUUGCCCAAUGAAGUGAAAAAGAGAAAUAAA